UGAAAUCACGCAGACACAAACACCACCUCAUUGGCCAUUGCACUUUACAUCACAAAAACAGAGUUUGCGCGAACCGUCGAUAACAGAAAACAGAAUGGCUUCCAUGAAUUUCUUUACCACCAUUUCCCUCGCCGCCGACGGCCGGAAUUCCACCACCUAUUUUCCCCGGAGGCGGACGUACUCCGUGGCUCUCGCCGCCACUUCGCCGGAAUCUCCACCGGAAAUAGAGCUCGAGUUCAUCGGGCCGAAAGCGGAGAGUGAUGGAAAGUAUCCGGUGGAGAAAGCAAAAGCGAUAAGCGGAGAGAAGCUGUUGCGGAACAUCAUGACGGAUAACAAGAUCGAGCUUUACGCCACCUAUGGGAAACUGAUGAACUGCGGAGGAGGAGGUAGCUGUGGAACUUGCAUCGUAGAGAUUAUUGAAGGAAAAGAUCUUUUAAAUGAAAGAACCAAUACUGAACUCAGAUAUCUCAAGAAGAAACCUGAAUCUUGGAGGCUGGCUUGUCAAACUAUUGUUGGAAACAAAGAAAACUCUGGCAAGGUUGUUGUUCAAAGGAUUCCUCAGUGGAAGAAGUAAUAGACCAUACCAAGCAGGAUUUCCAUGUGUUCCUCCUCGAUUUAACAGGGUUAGAAGCAGCAGUACAAAUCAGUGAUGCCUGCAUCAUAAAUUUAUUAAAACUCUGGUUUGGUUCUUAAUGUAACCUGGCAGAUAUCUAUAAUGUAUAAUUUCCCUUCAUGUUUUUUAAUGCUUGCCACUUGGUUUAUAUUCUUUAGGUUAGUGUACAAACCUUUGGUGCACAAUAACAUCAACGAGCCAAUAUGCAGAAUAGAAUAUUGCAGAAAAGAGAAAAACAUCAGCACAAUUUUGAACUUGUUUAUAUACUUAAUCUAUGGAAUGUCUUAUCUAAGAAGCUCAAUUGAUUGCAAA